UAUAAAUUCAACACAAAUAAUACCUCUCAAAGAUCAUAGGUAAGUGAUCAGAAAGCAUAGCUAAGCCUCUGAAAGCUAUAGUUGUGAUACAAUGUUCAGGCAUCUGACUCAAAGCCAUUGGGCAAACGCCCGCUUCUUUGACUCUCACUCUCCUUCCAAGGGGGGAAGAAGAAUAGGAACCGAAAUCCCUGCAAUUCAACAAGAGAGUGGACCAUCUUCUGCGAAAACUACCCCAAAGAAAACUUCCCAGGUUCUCGAGUUCCAUUCCUCAAACAAAUGGAAGGCUCAUUUCGAAGCAUCCAAAGCAAAUGCAAAACUGAUGGUUAUAGACUUCACCGCUACAUGGUGCGUACCUUGUCGAUCCAUGGAGCCGGUCAUUAACGAGUUUGCUGCCAAAUACACAGAUGCUGAGUUCAUGAAGAUUGAUGUGGAUGAGUUGAUGGGUGUGGCUCAGGAAUUCGGAGUGCAAACAAUGCCAACAUUUGUACUGAUAAAGAAAGGGCGAGUUAUUGAUAAGGUAACUGGGGUGAGAAAGGAAGAGCUGCAGAAGAAGAUUGAGAAACACAGGACCAACUAAAUGAAUUACGAACGAUGCUCAGUGCAUUGCUUUAGCGCAUCAGAGCAAGAGAAUAAGCUAACAGAAGCACAGGAGACUGCCAAUGUGCUUUAAACUCCUGUAUUAGUAGACCUAAAAUAAGAUGGCCUCUCUGCUUGAUUAUGUACCGAGUUAUCCCUUGAGAAAAAGACGGAUACUUUGUACAACCACCUGAAUUGUGAAGAACAGUCCCUAAGGAAUAAAGAAAGCGGGAAACGGUACAUUUUGUGAA